AUGCAUCAGGAGGCUCCCGCUGCACUCAGCUCUGCUCCUCUGCUCUUCCAGCUGAUACAGACCAGCUCUGGAACAGAGGCCAGCACCUCCCGACCAGCCAGACCAAAGCCUGGCCUGAGACCCGGACCCAACAUAAAGGACACUGGCUCCAGGAUGAGGGGCACACUGGGCUUGUCUCUGUCCCUGCUUGUGUGCUUGACUCUGGGCUUGCUCUGCGUGGGUCUGGCCUGCGUGUGGAGUUCUCGGUUCAGAGGAGGAUUCGGAUGGGACGGCUCUGGACUGGAGUUCAACUGGCACCCUGUACUGAUGACCACAGGGCUGGUGGUAGUGUAUGGCUAUGCCUCCGUCCUGUACCGUGUCCCUAUGACCUGGGGCCAAUCCAAAUUGCUCUGGAAACUGCUCCAUGCGGUCCUCAUGCUGGUGGCGCUGCUGCUGUCUGUGGUGGGGCUGUGCGCCGUCUUUGACUUCCACAACAAAAACCACAUCCCGAACAUUUAUUCGCUGCACAGCUGGGUGGGCCUGUGCGCUGUGCUGCUGUUUGCUGUGCAGUGGGGGGCAGGCUUCUCCCUCUUCCUGCUGCCCUGGUCCCCUCUGUCCUGGAGGAAAGCGUUCAAACCGGUGCACGUGUGGCUGGGAGGCAGCAUCCUGGGCUUAAGCAUCGCUGCCUGCAUUUCCGGCAUCAACGAGAAGCUCUUCUUUGUCUUGAAAGGAGGGAACCACUCGCAGCCCUACAGCGACCUCCCAUCUGAGGCCAUGCUUGCCAACUCUUUAGGAAUUGUGAUUGUAGCGUUUGGUCUGGUCGUCCUGUACGUUCUCACCAAUAAGAGGUGGCAAAGACCGGAAGCACAGCCCCAAGACGGUGCUUAUGCGCCUUUGAAUCAAGAGGAAACUGACUCCUGA